AUGAACUCCAGCCGAGGUGGUUCCAGUCGAGGCACUCGCCGAGGUCGACGUGCUCCUGGUCAAAGUGGCCCUGUUCAAGGAGCUCUCUCUGGGGGUCCUCCAAGUCAACCUGCGGCAAGCCAAGGGGGCGCCAAUCCAGGAAAUCCCAGCAACAUCACUCCCGCUCCGCACUUACCGCUGCCCGUCAAUCGUACUCUCGGCUACCAGGAAAACCCUCCGGAUCCUCCUGCGUCUUCGCUGCUCGACAACGAUGAGCGAGACGCCCGUCUCACAGCGCUCAGAAACCAGCUUGCUUACCCUCGCAUGUUGUCGGGAACGACCUUGCGCUGGCAUCUCGAUCGCAACGAAUGGGAUGUCAACCGUGCCGCAGCGGAAUUCUGGUGGUACGUGAAUAACCCAACAGCAAGGCUGCCCCCCAGCCAACCCACUGGACCAUAUAUGCGUCGCGGUGACUCGGUUGAACAGGAGCGAAUUUUCACAGUGCGCGACUUUCAGACUGGUCUUCGAGAGGAAGCCAAAAAAUCUCGGAGGAAAAAGAGGGAGGAAGCAGCGCAAAACGACAUGUCCGAUUCCCCCAGCAACCCCGCCAGUAACCUUCCCAGUAAGACCCGUAGCAGGUUACCAUUAAACGUCCACAUGAUGCUCUUACAUCAUGCCAAUAACUUUGUCCCGGAGGAUGUGGAGACAGAAAUUCAAAGGCGCAUGGAGGGCCCGGACGAUGAUCACAAAGACCCAGAUGGGAAUUGGGAUCUUGACGACUACGAAAUUGAGGCUUCAAGGCUACGUCAGCCUCUAGACGGUCUGUUAGCCAUGGAUCGAAAACUCGCCUUUUUCUUGAACAUCUCAGCCACCAACAGUGUGUACUCUGCACGAAAACUGCUCGAACAACACAACUGGGAUGUCGUGGCCGCCAUAGAUGCCUGGUUCCAGGCUGGGGGGGUUCACGUGAGCUUCCCACCUCUCCCACCCGGGGAUGAAGAAGAUGCAGAGGAUGGGCUGCGGGCAGUCAACGUUAACCGUCCUCCUCGGAUUCGAGAUGGUCGGUUCCAGUUCUUCGAUCACGACUACGACAAAUUCGAUCGAUGGCUAUCAAAGAAGCGCAAGGCGCCCGGAUCAGGUAGUGACACAGACAGCUCCAAUCCGUCAACUAUCAUCUCAGCGGGCCAAGCCGGCAGCGUUGGCGCAGUGCCCCAGUCCCUUCCCGCUACAUUGAGCAAACGACAGAAAACCGCAGCCAGCGGCGCGGACGGGGACGCGGACGUGGAGAUGGAUCCCGGACUAGGGUCUCCGAACGACGCGGAUAACAGUUCGCAAGACUCGGGGCAAGAUGGAGCACAGAAUCAGCAUCGCCGAACCCGCGGUGGGGGCCGGGGUAUCCCAGGUCGUGACUAUAUCAGCGGUAAUCGUGGCGGGACAGGCAAUCCUCGCGGUGCUCUGAUCAACCCUAAUCGCAAUCCCGCAGUCGUCCACUGUCCAGAUCCAACAAAAUUGGUUAUCGAAUACAUCAAAAACGGCGAGUAUAAGUGCCAGCGAUUCAAAGGACAGUUCAGAGUCCGGAGAAACCUGCCCUUCCGAUGGGACGACAUGCCCGAUGAUACAGUUGAAGAGGUGGAAUUUGACUGGCACAACAAAAAACACAUUGAGAAAUUAAACCGCUGGAGGAACGACCGUUAUGUCCAAAUCACAGGUGUCACUAGGGGGCAACCCAACGGUGGGCCAUUCAACAAGUACGAGGAGCAAUGGCUUGUGGAACAGGAAGCCAACCGGAUCGAGCAGAAGUUUCUCGACAUGGCCGGCCAGGUCGACGUCAAUGGUAGAACUGAUCCCCAGCGCUAUCAAGUGGCCCAGAGGCAUUUUGAAAAUAGCUCCAAUUACCCGGUCCCGUUGUCAGCUGCAGAAGCCAACAACCUCAUGAAAGAGUUCAACAUCAAGUUCGCGGGCAAGCGCUUCUAUCACAAGGAAAACUACAAACCGAAUUCCACUGGGCGUGGCCCCGUCCGGGUCAAGCAAAAACCAAAGGAUAUGAGCAGGGUGGGCGACGUCCCUCGCCCCCCGCGGACACUCAACGAGAUCAAACAGCACAGGUGCCGAAUCCCUGCUUUCUGCAAGCGUUUCAUGCUCAAGCCUGACAAGGCCAAAUGGAAGGACGUCCAGGACGGGAGUGAGUUGGUCAGCGACGUCGACUCGGACUUUGAGGAUGAGAGCGGUCGCCGCGCUGUCCCCAGAGGCCCUCCGGCUGCCAGUGUUAUCGGCGGCGCCCAACCUCAGACUGGCACCCAGGCUCGGACACGCACCCAAGCCCAGACAGGCACCCAAGCUCAACCUGGCACCAGUGCCCCCCAGCAUGCCAACACUGGAGCUCAACCUGGUAGCGGCGCGGGCCAGACUGCCAACAAUGCAGCCCAAGAUGACGAAGAAGAAGAUUCAGAUAUGUAUGGCUGA